CUCCCCUCGCUGCACGAUUUCUUAGACAUCGACGUUCCCGCGUUGGACGAGUCGAAGCUGACGGCUAAACAGGUGAUGCAGGACCGCGCGAAUGGCAACUCGACGGUGGGAGUUGACACGAUCUGCGCAUUUGACUUGAGUCGGGCUCCUGGUAAAAUUCGUGGCGCAGAGAUUCGUUUCGGUGCGAUUCCGCGCUUGACAACUCGUAACAAUAGGUUGUGCAUCGAGGCCGUGGAGCCUCCGAAGUUCCAGAGGUUCCUCACCCUGAAGGAGCGUUUUCUGCUGCUCGGCUACCCUCCCGAGUUUGAUUUGCACUCGACGUUUACAGCGCAGUGGGGCGCAAUCAAGGCAUCAGGCAAUGCAAUGUCAGUGCCUUGCCUCGGCAUCGGCCUCGCCUGUGCUAUGUCGGGGAGGGUGGCCCCAUAG